AUGGCGCAGCAUGACUUUGCUCCAGCCUGGCUUAAUUUUCCUACUCCACCAUCAACAAAGUCAUCACUGAACUGUGAGAAACAUUCUGAAAACUUUUCGUGGACAGAGAAUCGUUAUGAAAGAAGUCGCAGAAGACACAACUCUUCAGAUGGGUUUGAUCCUAGCAUUGGACGAUCUAAUGGAGGGUAUUUUGGGAGAAAAGAGAAGAAUGGUUGGCGUUCACAAGGCAGAAAUGGCACAGAAAAUGUAAACCAUCGUGGGGAAUGCCAUGGCGGAGGUUCCCGUGCUCGUACCAGCACUUUCCACUUCGGAAAAGGCCAAGGACUGCAUGAAAACAAAGUACCUGAUAGUGAAACUGUGAAAAAGAAAGACAAAGAAGUACCCAAACAGUUUGAGGCUGAGGAUUUUCCAUCUUUGAACCCUGAAUAUGAGAAGGAACCAAACCAGAAUAAGUCUUUAGCUGCAGGUGUGUGGGACUACCCAUUGAAUUCUAAAUCUAGAUCUUCAAGAAUGCUGGUCAUUAAAAAGGGCAGUACCAAAGAACUGCAGAUAUCUGGAUUCCCAGUAGUAGGAAGUCUUCAUUCACAGACCGCAAGGAAUGGAACUGGCACAAGUGUUUAUAAAGGAUUAGUCCCUAAACCUGUCACUCCACCUGCAAAGCCUACACAGUGGAAAAGCCAAGCAAAAGAAAAUAAACUUGGGAAUCAAUUUCCUCAUGAAUCUGCAUAUGGUGUUAGCAAUUUCAGUCCUUUCAAAUCAACUGCCAAGGUAUUUACUGUAUCACAAAAUUCAGUUGAAGAGUGUCAUCGGUCAAAUUCUUCAUCCCCUGUUGACAAAGUCAAUCAGCCUCGUUUAAUGAAAUUGACAAGAAUCAGGACUGAUAAGAAGAGUGAAUUUUUGAAAGCAUUAAAAGGAGAUAAAGUGGAAGAGGAACAUGAAAAUAAGAAUCAUGCUGGGCCAGAGAAGGUAGAUGAGUCCUUUAAGUUGCGUAACGGCAAUAGUCCUCAUCAUGAGAGAGAUAUAAACCGAAACUUUGAAAACGAAAUUCCACAGGAGAAUGGCAAUGCUUCAGUUACAUCUCAACAGAUCGUUCAAUCUUCAUCUUUCCCUCAGGCAGAUGUUCUUUCCAGCUCACUUGAAGCGGAGCAUAGGUUGUUAAAGGAGAUGGGCUGGCAGGAAGAUGGUGAAAACGAUGAAAUAUAUGCUCCACUAACAGAGGAUGAGAUGAGGGAGUUCAGAGUUAUUCAUGAACAG